ACUAUUCCUGCUCGUAUGGAGCACGCAGUCCAUCAAGGGAGACAUGUGGAAGAAGUAGAUUUUAGUGGAGUAAAUAAGGACUCCGGCAACUCCAGUCAGCCCUCGGUCCGUUGGGGCACGCGGCGCGGGAAGCGGAACCUAAGUACCAAAGAGUCGGGCUUCCGGGGUAGCGGGCCCGCAAGUGCGGCGCACCUUCAAGAUGGCGGCAGGCCUGAGGAAACGCGGCCGGGCAGGUCCCGCAGCUCGGGCGGUGGGACUGUGCGGGCAGUGGCUGCGGCGCGCCUGGCAAGAGCGGCGCCUACUGCUGCUGGAACCGCGCUACACGCUGAAGGUGGCCGCCUGCCUCUGCCUGGCGGAGAUACAGAGAUUGAUUGGAAAGCCUACAUGGCUGAGGUGGAGGGCGUCAUCAAUGGCACCUAUGACUAUACUCAACUGCGGGGUGACACUGGACCUCUUGUGUACCCAGCCGGCUUUGUGUACAUCUUUAUGGGGCUAUACUAUGCCACUGGCCGGGGCACUGACAUCCGCAUGGCCCAGCACAUCUUCGCUGUGCUCUACCUGGCCACUUUGCUGCUUGUCUUCUUGAUUUACCACCAGACCUGCAAGGUACCUCCCUUCGUCUUUUUCUUCAUGUGCUGUGCCUCUUACCGUGUCCACUCCAUCUUUGUGCUGCGGCUCUUCAACGAUCCAGUGGCCAUGGUGCUGCUCUUCCUCAGUAUCAACCUCCUGCUGGCCCAGCGCUGGAGCUGGGGCUGCUGCUGUUUCAGCCUGGCAGUCUCUGUGAAGAUGAAUGUGCUGCUCUUCGCCCCUGGGUUACUAUUCCUUCUCCUCAGGCAAUUUGGCCUCCGUGGGGCCCUCCCCAAGCUGGGCAUCUGUGCUGUCCUUCAGGUGGUGCUGGGUCUACCCUUCCUGCUGGAGAACCCCGUCGGCUAUGUAUCCCGCUCCUUUGACCUUGGCCGCCAGUUUCUCUUCCGCUGGACAGUGAACUGGCGCUUCCUCCCCGAGGCCCUCUUCCUGCAUCGUGCCUUCCACCUGGCACUUUUGACUGCCCACCUCACCCUGCUCUUGCUCUUUGCCCUCUGCAGGUGGCACAGUGGCUUCUCCCCAGGACAGGGGAAAGUAUCCUGUCACUGCUGAAGGAUCCCUCCAAAAGGAAGUUUCCACUCCAGCCCCUCACACCCAACCAUAUCCUUUAAAUCAUGGGAAGGUAAGUUUUGCCCUCUCCAGCUGAAGUUGGGGUCCUUGUCAACUAGCCCUGCAUGGCUGGUGACCUGGGAGAGGGAAAAGGAGAUAGCAGUAAUAGCUACAGGGCCCAUUCAUAGAGCUCUUACCAAUACUGUGCUGAGCACUUUACAUAUUUAAGCAUUUUUUAUUCUUUAUUCUAAAUAUUAUUGAGUUACCAUUAUGAGUGCUCACUCUCUGCCUGGUGCUGCCCUAAGAGGUUUACAUACAUUCUAACAUUUAAAGCUCACAAGAGACUCUGUUUUAUCCUCACUUUACAGAUUUUAAAGAUGGGAAAAUUAGGGCUUUAAGAAGUUAAGUAAUUUGCCAAGGUCACAUAGCUAGUAAGUGAUGACUCGUUAGGCGUUAGGGCUCUAGAUAUUACUGCCUCCACAUCAGACUGAGGAAUAGGUCCAGAGAGGUUAAGAAACUUGCCCAAAGGUAUGCAUCUAGGAACAGCAGAGCCAAGGGGCUAUCUGACCCCAAAACUUUUGUCCCUCUGCUUUGAAACCUCCCUACCCCUUCUGCUCCUGCCCUUGGCCUUGACCACUGUAUACAGAUUGUUUCUGCCCUCUUCACCUCCAACUUCAUUGGCAUCUGCUUCAGCCGCUCCCUUCACUACCAGUUCUACGUCUGGUAUUUCCACACACUGCCCUACCUCCUGUGGGCCAC